AUGCGUCCCAGCUUCCUUCUUUUCCCUUUUUCGUACAAAUAUUCUGUUUUUCUUUUUUUUUUUACUCACCUUUCUUCACAUCUCUAUUGCUAUUACUUCUUUCUUUAUAAUUUCUUUUCAUUCUCUAUUUAUUUCUUCGCUUCUUUUUUCUUCUUCUUCGUUUUAUUUCCCUUUAUCCCAAGUCCUUUUCCUCCCGUUUUCUUUUCUUUCCUUUUCCGUUUUCUUUUCUUUACUUUUCCUCUUCUCUCUAGCUUUCAUUCCUUCCUUCCUUCCAUCCAUUCAUCUUUCUUUCCUGUGUUCCAUUAUUCCGUCCUGACUUACUUCCAUCUAUCCAUCCAUCCCACUUUUAAUCCUGCAUUUCUUAUAUCCUUGCCCUCGUACUUGCUUUCCUUUCACUCAUUUUGCCUUCUUGCUUUCAUUUCAUCCAUCCUGCCUCCUUGCUUUCCUUCCAUACAUCCUGCUAUCUUCUUUAUUACUUCCGGCCAUCUUGCCCACCAUCCUGCAUACUUUUUUUUUUCGUUUCUUCCAUCCAGCAUUCUUUCUUUCAUUUCGAUCACCAGCCUUCAUGAUUUCAUUCCAUUCAUCCUGCCUUCUUUCAUUCCUUCCAGCCAUCAUGUCAGCGUGCUUUUCUUCCAGGGAUCCUGCUUUCUUGUUUUCCUUCCAGCCACCCCACUUCUUCCUGCCUUCCUUCCUUUCUAUCCUUCCUGUAUUCUUUCAAUCCAUCUCGCCUUCUUGCUAUCUUUCCAUCCUCCUUGCUUUCCUUCCAUCAAUUCUUGCUUCUUUCUUUCCAUCCUUCCCGUAUUCUGUCCAUCCGACUUCCCUUUCUGUUUUCUUUCCAUCCAUUCUUACUUCCUGCCUUCGUUCUUUCCAUCGUUCCUUCUAUUAAUCCUUGUUUCGUGCUUUCCUUCCAUCAAUCCUUUCUGUUUGUCUGCCUUAAUUCCAUCCUGUCAGACUACUUUCCUUCUUUCUUACGAUCCAUUCUUCUUUCCUAUUGGACUCCCUUCUUUCUAUUCUUCAUACUUUUUUUAUAUUGGACUCCUUUAUUUCUAUUCUUCAUACUUUUUUUUAUAUUGGACUCCCUUCUUUCUAUUCUUCAUACUUUUUUAUAUUGGACUCCCUUCUUUCUAUUCUUCAUACUUUUUUAUAUUGGACUCCCUUCUUUCUAUUCUUCAUACUUUUUUAUAUUGGACUGCCUUCUUUCUAUUCUUCAUACUUUUUUAUAUUGGACUCCCUUCUUUCUAUUCUUCAUACUUUUUUUUUUAUAUUGAACUCCCUUCUUUCUAUUCUUCAUACAUUUUUUUUUUAUAUUGGACUCCCUUCUUUCUAUUCUUCAUACUUUUUUAUAUUGGAUUCCCUUCUUUCUAUUCUUCAUACUUUUUUUUUAUAUUGGACUCCCUUCUUUCUAUUCUUCAUACUUUUUUUAUAUUGGACUCCCUUCUUUCUAUUCUUCAUACUUUUUUUAUAUUGGACUCCCUUCUUUCUAUUCUUCAUACUUUUUUAUAUUGGACUCCCUUCUUUCUAUUCUUCAUUUUUUUUUAUAGUGGACUCCCCUUCUUUCUAUUCUUCAUACUUUUUUUUAUAUUGGACCCCUUCUUUCUAUUCUUCAUACUUUUUUUUAUAUUGGACUCCCUUCUUUCUAUUCUUCAUACUUUUUUAUAUUGGACUCCCUUCUUUCUAUUCUUCAUACUUUUUUAUAUUGGACUCCCUUCUUUCUAUUCUUCAUACUUUUUUAUAUUGGACUCCCUUCUUUCUAUUCUUCAUAUUUUUUUUUAUAUUGGACUCCCUUCUUUCUAUUCUUCAUACUUUUUUUAUAUUGGACUCCCUUCUUUCUAUUCUUCAUACUUUUUAUAUUGGACUCCCUUCUUUCUAUUCUUCAUACUUUUUUUAUAUUGGACUCCCUUCUUUCUAUUCUUCAUACUUUUUUUAUAUUGGACUCCCUUCUUUCUAUUCUUCAUACUUUUUUUUAUAUUGGACUCCCUUAUUUCUAUUCUUCAUACUUUUUUUUAUAUUGGACUCCCUUCUUUCUAUUCUUCAUACUUUUUUUAUAUUGGACUCCCUUCUUUCUAUUCUUCAUACUUUUUUUUAUAUUGGACUAUUAUUUCUAUACUUUUUUUUUAUAUUGGACUCCCUUCUUUCUAUUCUUCAUACUUUUUUUAUAUUGGACUCCCUUCUUUCUAUUCUUCAUACUUUUUUUUCAAUCCGUGCUUCCUGCUUUCAUAUAUUCUUUCCUGA